UCUAGUUGGGAAAUUAUGUUGACGAAAUUUGAGACGAAGAGUAACAGAGUUAAGGGCCUCACCUUCCACCCUAAGCGACCAUGGAUCCUCGCCAGUUUGCACAGUGGUGUGAUCCAGCUCUGGGAUUAUCGUAUGGGUACUUUGAUCGAUCGGUUCGACGAGCACGAAGGUCCUGUUCGUGGUGUUCACUUUCACAAUUCUCAGCCUCUAUUCGUCUCCGGAGGUGAUGAUUACAAGAUUAAAGUUUGGAACCACAAAACGCACAGGUGCCUCUUCACCCUUCUCGGCCAUCUCGACUAUAUCCGCACUGUCCAAUUUCACCACGAGAACCCGUGGAUUGUGAGUGCUAGUGACGAUCAGACUAUCCGCAUAUGGAACUGGCAGUCACGGACUUGUAUCUCUGUGUUGACUGGCCACAAUCAUUAUGUCAUGUGUGCUUCUUUCCAUCCUAAAGAAGACCUGGUCGUGUCAGCAUCUUUGGAUCAGACUGUCCGUGUCUGGGAUAUUGGUUCUCUUAAGAAGAAGACAGUAUCUCCUGCUGAUGACCUCAUGCGAUUUACGCAGAUGAACUCUGAUCUUUUUGGUGGUGUUGACGCUAUUGUUAAGUAUGUCCUCGAAGGUCAUGAUAGAGGAGUAAAUGCUAUCUUUUAUGCUGGGACUGGAAAUUUGCUUUGUAGAUCAGAGGAUAAAGUGGUAAUAUUUGACCUUCAGCAAAGGCUUGUUCUUGGUGAACUUCAGACACCGUUUGUUAGGUAUGUUGUUUGGUCCAAUGAUAUGGAUAAUGUUGCUUUGCUCAGCAAACACACUAUCAUUAUUGCGAGCAAAAAACUUGUCCUGCAGUGCACACUUCAUGAGACAAUACGUGUGAAGAGUGGAGCUUGGGAUGACAAUGGUGUCUUCAUCUACACAACUUUGAACCAUAUCAAGUAUUGUCUUCCUAAUGGAGAUAGCGGGAUCAUCCGAACCCUGGAUGUGCCUAUCUAUAUCACCAAGGUUUCUGGAAACACAAUCUUUUGCUUGGACCGGGAUGGGAAAAACAGGGCAAUCACCAUCAAUGCAACUGAAUACAUUUUCAAGCUUGCACUGCUGAGAAAGAGAUAUGAUCAUGUCAUGAGCAUGAUAAAGAACUCCCAGCUCUGUGGACAGGCUAUGAUUGCUUACCUGCAGCAGAAAGGAUUCCCUGAAGUUGCCCUCCAUUUUGUUGAAGACGAGAGAGUCCGAUUCAACCUGGCUCUUGAAAGUGGCAACAUCAGCGUCGCUGUGGCGUCCGCUACAGAGAUUAAUGAGAAAGAGCAGUGGUAUAGACUUGGAGUGGAGGCUCUUCGCCAAGGUAAUGCUGGAAUUGUUGAAUUUGCGUACCAGCAAACGAAGAACUUUGAGAGGUUAUCUUUUCUUUACCUCAUUACUGGUAAGUUGGACAAGCUUUCAAAGUUGAUGAAGAUUGCAGAAGUGAAGAACAACGUGAUGGGUCAGUUUCACAAUGCUCUCUACCUAGGAGAUGUUAAAGAGCGUGUCAAGAUACUUGAGAAUGCUGGUCAUUUACCUCUCGCUUAUAUCACUGCUUCGGUUCAUGGUUUAACGGACACUGCUGAGCGACUUGCGACUGAGCUAGGAGACAACGUGCCCUCGUUACCUGAGGGGAAAACUCCGUCGCUUUUAAUGCCACCAUCUCCCGUCAUGUGUGGUGGUGAUUGGCCUCUUCUAAGAGUGAUGAAGGGAAUAUUUGAAGGCGGACUUGAGAGUGCAGCCAGAGGAGGGGCUGUUGAUGAAGAUGAAGAAGAUGCUGGUGGUGAUUGGGGUGAGGGACUUGACAUGGUCGAUGUUGAUGGAAUGGAGAACAGAGACAUCGAAGCCAUUUUGGCGGAAGCUGAAGGAGCGGAAGAAGAUAAUGAUGAAGAAGGUGGAUGGGGUGAACUUGAGGGCUUGGACCUCCCACCAGAGCUUGACACUCCUAAGGCCUCUGCUAACGCACGUUCAUCCGUCUUCGUGACACCUACUCAAGGUAUGCCCGUAAGCCAUAUUUGGAGCCAGAAAUCAUCACUUGCUGCUGAGCAAGCUGCAGCUGGAAGCUUCGACACUGCAAUGCGUCUGCUCAACAGACAGCUUGGCAUAAGGAACUUUGCCCCUUUGAAAUCGAUGUUUAUUGAUUUGUUCAGUGGCAGCCAUAGCUACCUGCGUGCUUUUUCUUCAUCUCCUGUGGUUCCACUUGCCAUUGAACGUGGAUGGAGCGAGUCAAACAGUCCCAACGUCCGUGGCCCACCAGCUCUUGUUUAUGAUUUCUCUCAGCAAGAAGAGAAGCUCAAGUCCGGCUACAAAGCCACAACAAGUGGGAAAGAUGAGAAAUUGACUGAGGCUCUCCGGCUCUUCCUCUCUAUCCUCCACACCAUCCCUCUAGUGGUGGUCGAGUCAAGAAGUGAAGUAGAUGAGGUUAAGGAACUGGUCAGUAUCGCUAAAGAAUAUGUCCUCGGUCUUAAAAUGGAGCUCAAGAGAAGACAGAAGAAAGAUGAUCCAGUGAGGCAGCAGGAGCUUGCUGCUUACUUCACUCACUGCAACCUCCAACUACCUCACUUACGACUCGCGCUGUUAAAUGCAAUGACCGUCUGCUACAAGGCCAAGAAUCUCGCCACUGCCUAUAACUUCGCUAAAAGAUUGCUGGAAACCAACCCAUUGGAGAGCCAUGCCAGAGCGGCUAGACAAAUCGUUCAAGCCGCUGAACGCAAUAUGACUGAUACAACCGAGCUCAAUUACGACUUCAGAAACCCGUUCGUGAUAUGUGGGUCAACCUAUGUUCCAAUCUACAGAGGUCAGAAAGACGUGUCCUGUCCAUACUGCACCGCCAGGUUUGUUCCAAGCCAGCAAGGAAACAUAUGCGGGGUCUGUGAUCUUGCAGUCAUUGGCGCAGCCGCAUCUGGUUUGAUAUGCUCGCCGUCUCAGGUCCGGUGAUCAAUUCUCAUCCUCUUCAAACGUGAGGUUCUGUUACUCUUAUGAGUCUUUCAAGUUGUUUCUUAUCUUCAGUGACAACGCAUGAGAGAACUUUAGCUGCUUUGCUUAUAUUUUUCGUUUUGUUUGGUUUUAUAUUUUAAAUUCUCAAAACAUUUCAAUUACGUUUGUUGGAUUUUAAAACUCGAUCAUUAUGAUGAUAGAAUAAUAAUAUAGACGAAUUUUGUUGAGUU